UAUGAUUCGCACAUACAUAUGUUCAAAUACGGAUUCCAUUGAAAUAAUUUGAGUCGCUUAUUUACGUUGAACUGUGGUCGCUGUCAUUGCGAAUUAUAACCUUGAAACCCAACAAUAACGACCCCGAUCGUUACGAUUUUCGAAUUACUGAUUAAGUGAAGCUCAUUAAUGAAGUCUGCUCCUCAUCAAAGAUUAGUCAUGGUUGGAGAUCGAGAUGUGUUGAAGGAGUUGUUGCGUUUGAGGCUAGUUGAGUGUGGUUGGCGAGACCAAGUGAAGAUCAUCUGCAAGGAUUUAAUAAAAGAGAAUGGUCAGGAUAUCUCUUAUGAUACCCUGCUUUCAACCGUAACUAGCAGAGCACGUAGCUUAGUUCCUGAUUCUGUAAAAAAAGAGUUAUUGCAAAAGAUUAAAACCCAGCUCAUGGCGCAGGCGGAAAACUUGAAGAUUUAGAGACUGAUACUGAAAAUACGAAUUUGCCAAGUGAAUCUACCCCUCUAAUUUGGAUGAAAAGUUUUUGUAUCGAGAUAGGCGUUAGAGAUAAGAUUAAAGGAUGCCACUAUAAGAAA